GCGUGUGUUUGUGUGUGUGUCGUUUCGAUUCCUCUUUCUCUCAUUUCUCUCUCUCUCUCUCUCUCUCUCUGCACUCACUCGCCUCCGUCACUCACUCUCUGCAUCUGCAUGCCCGUUUUCUCUUUCCUCUGAUCUUCAAUCAACGGAAUUGUUGAUCUCAGAUCUUGGAGAGUAGCUUCAGAAUGGUGGAUCCAAGUGGAAAAGGAUCAGAAGCAGAGGAUGCCAACCCUAACGGUGGUGCUUCAUCAGGGAACAGCCCAAGCAAUGAGCAGAAGAAAACCUGCGCCGAUUGCGGCACCACCAAGACCCCUCUAUGGAGGGGUGGACCCGCAGGACCUAAGUCGCUUUGCAACGCUUGUGGGAUCAGAAGCAGGAAGAAGAAAAGAGCGAUUUUGGGGAUAAGCAAAGGAAGCAACGAGGAUAGCAAAAAGGGGAAAAGGAGCAGCGGUAGCAGCAAGGUUGGUGGUGGUGGUGAUGGUUUGAGCUUGAAGCAGAGUCAGAGACUAUUUGCUUUUGGGAGGGAGGUUUUGAUGCAGCGAUCGCAUUGGAAGAAAUUGGGAGAGGAAGAACAAGCUGCGGUUUUGUUGAUGUCACUCUCUUAUGGAUCGGUUUAUGCCUAAGAAAAAAAAAAAGAAAACCCUUCCAUUUUUAUUUUUAGAAGAACAAUUAUUAAGAAUUUUAGAUUUUGUUUUAGGAUGCGCCCCUUAGUGUAUCGCCCCCCUCCUAACCUUUUCUAAGUGUAUAUUUUAAAAUUCUGCUACUGAUUGUUGCUCUGCUCAGCUCUGGGAAUGGGGAUUAUGAGCGUCUGUGUUGUGUUGUCAACAGUUGUAAGAAAAUGAUUCAAGUCCAAUUUUGGUAAUAUAGUUCUCUAUUUGUCAUUGUUGUUCCACCCUUGUAUCAUUUACUUUCCCAUGUGCCCUAUACUCUCUCGAUAUCUUU